AUGGAGGGUACGCCCAGCUUCCUGAAGGACAGCCCAGCCUGGGAGAAGACAGCCCCUGAGAACGGCAUCACAGGACCGGAGCUAGACACCCCACCACGAGAUGGCUUGCGCCCUGCGGCACUGUGCCUGGGAGAGCCCGCUCCCUUCUGGAGGGGUGUCCUGAGCACCCCAGGCUCCUGGCUGCCCCCUGGCUUCCCGCAGAGCCCCAAGGACACGCUCCCACUGUUGGACGGUGAAGGUCCCCGGAACGGAGAGAGGAAGGCUGGCUGGCCAGGCAGCAAGGACGGGCUGCGCUGGAAGGAGGCGAUGCUUACCCAUCCGCUGGCAUUCUGUGGAUCACCGUGCCCGCCUCGCUACAGCCCCCUGGUUCCUGAGCAUAACGGUGGCCAUCCCAAGAGUGACCCUGUGGCCUUCCGGCCCUUGCACUGCCCCUUCCUUCUGGAGACCAAGAUCCUGGAGCGAGCUCCUUUCUGGAUGCCCACCUGCUUGCCACCCUACCUAGUGUCCAGCCUGCCCCCAGAGUAUCCAUGUGACUGGCCCCUGGCCCCGCACCCUUGGGGGUACUCCGGGGGCCAGCCCAAAGUGCCCUCUGCCUUCAGCUUAGGCAGCAAGGGCUUUUACCACAAGGAUCCAAGCAUACUCAGGCUGGCAAAGGACCCACUGGCAACUGUGGAACCUGGGUUGCUGGGCUCAGCCCCUGGUGGGCAUCUCCAGAGAACUGGGGAGGUGGAACGCCCUUCUCUCCACCAGAGGGAUGGAGAGACAGGAGUUGGCAGGCAUCCGAACCUUUGCCCCCUUCUCCUGGGACAUCCAGACACUGGGGCCCGGGCCCCGUGGCCCACUUGUUCCCCAGGCCUGGUUCAUACUCUUGGCAAUGUCUGGGCUGUCCCCAGAGGUGGGAGCCUUGGGUACCAGCCGGGGUCAUCAGCCACAACAAGGUGCCCGUCUCCUGGGCCUCCUUCCACCCAGGCAGGCUAUUGCUCAUCUGACCCACCAGCUAGAGAUGACCCUUGUGGGCAGUGCCCGGAGGACCUGGAGGGGGCCACCAGUGAGCCCGGUGAAUCCAGUGAGGAAGCCUACAAGACCCCUGGUCCCAGGGCCUGCCCGCCCAGCCAUCACACCAAGCUGAAGAAGACAUGGCUCACUCGACACUCUGAGCAGUUCGGGUACCCAGACAGCUGCCCUGCGGAGGAGGAGAGCCCGGCAGCCCAGCUGCGAGCCCUCAAGAGGUCAAGCAACCCCGAGGUCCAGGGAACAGGAAGCAGUCCAGCUGCCAAGCGCCCGACUGGUCCUUUCCCGGGCAGUGCGGGGCAGGGGGCCAGAGGCCAGCAGGAAGUGCUAGACUCAUUAUUUGGGAACAAGGCGGAGACAGAACAGCGUGAUGACCACAGAGGACCCCGGGACGAUGGGGCCAGCAUGCAGGCCCCGGGGCUUCAGGAUACACCUUGCGUGGCUCCUGUGGCAGGCAUCACUCAGUGCCAAGGCUGUGCCCAGGCAGCUGGCGAGAUGGGAGGGCCGGCCCGCUCCUCCCAGCCAGUGUCCAGAUUGCCGCUGGGAGGGGAGCAGCCACAGGAGGAAGACUUGGCAGCCAGCUCCGAGGAGGGAGGAGGGUCUGGCCCGGAGGCUGGGCUCAGCGUGGGCCUGGCCAAGCACCUGCUCAGCGCACUGGGGGACCGGCUGUGCCGCGUCCUGAGGAGGGAGCGGGAGGCCCUGGCCUUGGCGCAGCAGGAAGGCCAGGCACCAGUCGGGACCGAGGACGACCCAGGCCUUCCACGCUGCUGCAGCCGCUGCCGCCUCGGACUGUUCAAUACCCACUGGCGAUGCCCUCACUGCAGCCACCGGCUGUGUGUGGCCUGUGGUCGCAUGGCAGGUGCUGGGAGGGCCAGGGAGAAAGCAGGCUCUCAGGGACAGUCCACAGAGAAGUGUGGCCAGGAGGUUGGGCACGGUGCCAGUUCCCUGAUGCUCACCCAGUUUGUCUCCAGUCAGGCUUUGGCAGAAUUAAGCACUGCAAUGCACCAGGUCUGGGUGAAGUUUGACAUCCGAGGGCACUGCCCCUGCCAAGCUGAUGCCCGAGUGUGGACCGCUGGGGAUGGGGGCCCGCAGAAGGAGCCGAUGGAGAAAACUCCCCCAACUCCACAACCUUCCUGCAACGGGGAUACCAACAGGACCAAGGACAUUAAAGAGGAGACCCCAGACUCCACAGAGACCCCGGCAGAAGACCGUGGCAGCCGAGGGCCCCUGCCUUGUCCCUCUCUGUGUGAACUGCUGGCCUCCACCGCUGUCAAACUCUGCCUGGGGCAUGAACGGAUACACAUGGCCUUUGCCCCUGUCACUCCGGCCCUGCCCAGCGACGACCGCAUCACCAACAUCCUGGACAGCAUCAUCGCGCAGGUCGUGGAGCGGAAGAUCCAGGAGAAAGCCUUGGGGCCGGGGCUGCGGGCCGGGCCAGGGCUGCGGGCCGGGCCGGGCCUGCGCAAGGGCCUGGGCCUGCCCCUCUCCCCCGUUCGGCCCCGGCUGCCUCCCCCUGGAGCUCUGCUGUGGCUGCAGGAGCCCAGGCCUCAGCGAGGCUUCCACCUCUUCCAGGAGCACUGGAGGCAGGGCCAGCCUGUGUUGGUGUCAGGAAUUCAGAGGACACUUCAGGGCCACCUGUGGGGGUCAGAAGCUCUCGGGGCACUCGGAGGCCAGGUGCAGGCGCUGACCCCCCUUGGGCCUCCCCAGCCCACCAGCCUGGGCAGCGCGACAUUCUGGGAGGGAUUCUCCCGGCCUGAGAGUCGCCCGAAGUCAGAUGAGAGCUUGGUGUUCCUGCUGCACAGAGGUCUGGGGGACAAGGACACCAGCAGGGUAGAGAACCUGGCUGCCAGCCUGCCACUCCCAGAGUAUUGUGCCCGCCAUGGGAAACUCAACCUGGCCUCCUACCUCCCUCCGGGCCCUGUCCUGCGUCCACUGGAGCCCCAGCUGUGGGCAGCCUAUGGUGUGAGCCCACACCGUGGGCACCUGGGGACCAAGAACCUCUGUGUGGAGGUGACCGACCUGGUCAGUGUCCUGGUACGUGCUGAAGCCCCCCUGCCCGCCUGGCGCCGGACACAGAAAGAUUUCCUCUCAGGCCUGGAUGGGGAGGGGCUGUGGUCCCCGGGCAGCCAGGUCAGCACCGUGUGGCAUGUGUUCCGGGCACAGGACGCCCAGCGCAUCCGCCGCUUCCUCCAGAUGGUGUGCCCCACUGGGGCAGGAAACUUGGAGCCUGGUACCCCUGGCAGGUGCUACCUGGAUGCAGGGCUGCGGCGGCGCCUGCGGGAGGAGUGGGGUGUGAGCUGCUGGACCCUGCUGCAGGCCCCCGGAGAAGCCGUGCUGGUGCCCGCGGGGGCUCCCCACCAGGUGCAGGGCCUGGUAAGCACCGUGAGCGUCACUCAGCACUUCCUGUCCCCCGAGACCUCUGCCCUCUCUGCUCAGCUCUGCCACCAGGGGCCCAGCCUGCCCACUGACCACCGCCUGCUCUAUGCCCAGAUGGACUGGGCUGUAUUCCAAGCAGUGAAGGUGGCUGUGGGAACACUGCAAGAGGCUAAAUAG